CAGAAAUAUUGAGAAAUAUAACAGAACGGAUAUAUGAUACUUUGAGUGCCUCUUGAUCAACUCAUUAAAAUGGAAGAUGAAGAGUGCUUUCAGCCAAUCUUGAGCUCACAGGAGGAAGAUAAUUUCCAACAAUUAAACACUGUGUCGAUCGUGUCGAUUCCACUUUUACUUGGAGUUUCUUUGGAAAUCACUGGGAUUGUGUUUGUGUCUAUUUGGUCAAAGGAACAGAGCAAAUGUGACACAUAUUUUAUAUACUUGUACCUUCACUGCGCCUAUUGGUUAAUAGUCAUGGCAAUAGAUCAUGUCGUCAAGGCAAGACACCAUAAUUUGCGUAUUAAUGGAUACCUAGAUUUCUAUCAAUCAACAUAUCAACUUAUAAGGACGCCUCUUUUUAUCGCGUCGUUGUGGAAUACAUGCUACUUGUUGAUAGCUGUUAUUUUACAUCACACACAUAAAGUUGAUUACGAGCGGUAUUGCAGGAAGUCAGAGUGGUUAACGCCACUAAACUAUAUUUUUCUCCUAACCACUUUAGAACUAGUAAUAAUCAUACCGGCUUAUAUUAAUUAUAUCAAGAGAGUUAUGAAGUUUAAUCGAUUACGUCCAUCGCCCGACGUCACUCGCGACGAAUGGCUGUCGUCCUUUACACAGGAUUCCUACUCUGGAAUGGGGGAAAUCGGAUAUCGGCAAAGGGGGAAGAAUUUAGAGGAACUGCUGGAAAAGCAAGCAGACUUGAUAAGAUAUCUGAAGGAUCACAAUGUAAAGCUAAGUCAUAGAAUAAUGCUAUUAGCGUCUCAACCCAGAGUGACACAGGCAUAAAGCAAAAGUGAUUGCGUAUCUUUUUUAUAAAAUUGACGCUUAUUAUUGUUUAUAA